AUGGCGGGAGCGCGGCGUGGAGCCGCCGGAGGGCGUCGCGGCCGGCCCCUGAGGCUGCUGCCGCCGCUGCUGCUGCUGCUGCUGGGCGCGGCAGUGCCUCCUCCCCCCGGGGCGCAGGGCCGGCGCCUGAUCUGCUGGCAGGCGAUGCUGCAGUGCCAGGAGGAGCCCCAGUGCGGCUACGCGUACAGCCAGUACGCCGAGGCGUGCGCGCCGGUGCUCAUGGCCGCGGGGGACGGCCCUGCCGCCGCCGCCGCCGCCGCCGCCGCGCCCCCCGCCUCCUCCUCCUCGUCGUCCAGCCGGCGGCGCUGCCCCAGCCACUGCAUCGCGGCGCUCAUCCAGCUGAACCACACGCGGCGGGGCCCGGCGCUGGAGGACUGCGACUGCGCCCGGGACGAGGGCUGCCGGGCCACCAAGCGCGCCAUCGAGCCCUGCCUGCCCCGCGCGGGGGGCGUGGGCGGCGGGGCGGGGGGCGGCGGCGGGGGGGCGCUGGGCUGCACGGAGGCGCGGCGGCGCUGCGACCGGGACAGCCGCUGCAGCGCGGCGCUGGGCCGCUACAUGGCCCACUGCGGGAAGCUCUUCAACGGGCUGCGCUGCACCGAGCAGUGCCGCGCCGUCAUCGAGGACAUGCUGGCCGUGCCCAAGGCGCUGCUGCUCAACGACUGCGUGUGCGACGGCCUGGAGCGGCCCAUCUGCGAGUCCGUCAAGGAGAACAUGGCCCGGCUCUGCUUCGGCGCCGACGCCGCCAACGGCGCGGGCAGCAGCGGCGCCUCCGACGGCGCCCACGAGGACUACGACGACGAGGACUACGACGACGAGCUCCCGCCCCGCGGCCGGGACGACCUCGAGGAGGCGGCGGCGGCGGCCGAGGCGGGCAAGGCCGGGGGGAACGGCGCCGCCGCCCCGCCCCGCCUCGCCCCCGGGGCGCUCCUGGCCGCCGCCUCCCUCGUGCUGCUGCUGCUCUGGUAG